AUGCGGUCUGCUGUGGGUGCGUGUCCGCGCAGCCGGCACCGCGAGCGGCACAGGGCCCUUGCGGCUGUGCUUUUGGCGCUGCUUGUGGUGUUGGUGCUGGUUGCGGCGGCGGCGUGGAUGCCCGCGGUGCAUGCGGUGGUGCUGCGACUGCGGGGCGGUACGGUGGACAGGGCCAUCACGGUUGGCCGCGCCGUGGACACGGUGCUGAUGGACGGCGUGUCCAUCACGAACGGCGUGGCUGUGGUGUUCGACGUUGCGGCGAUGCUUCUCGGCACACUGCGCAUCGAAUUGAGGAACUGCGUGUGCGACGGCGGUGCGCAGCUCUACGUGCGGGGCUACAGCGGCGAGCCGGCGAGUGACCGGAGCCUGGAGGUGAGCGUGAGCGGGCUUUCCGGGAGCUACUGCUCGCUUGUGUUUGUGCACAACCUUCCGGCACACACGAACGUGACGGUCCGCGACUCGACGAUUGUGACGCCUGGACCGAUGCGCUACUCGCAGCUGAGCGGGCUGACGGACGCGGUGGCGUCGCCGCUUGUGCUGCACGCGACGUCGCUGUUGCAGACGCAGCUGCGUGUGAGCAACACUGUGCUGAGGUCGUUGCACGCGGGCGGGUCGGCGGUGUACGUUGGCGGCGACGUGGACCUGCUGUCGAGCGCGGUGGUGCUUGACGGCGUUUUACUGGAGGCGUCGGGCGGUCCGACCGCAUCCGCGGUGCAUGUGGCGUCCUCGUCGAUUCUCAGUCUGCGGAGCCACUCGGUGUUCUCCGUGACGAACGUCUCUGUUGUGAGCAGCGGCGGCGGCCUUGUGCUUGGCGAGCGUCUCGCGGUGUUUGAUUCGGUGCUGCGCUUCGUGGGCGUCGAGGGGUCUGUCGCGUCGUCGCUGGUGCGCUGCGACGGUGGGACGGUGGGUGCCGGCGGGUGGCUGGAGCUGCGCGACGUGUGGGCGGUGGGUGAGGCCUCGUCUGUGGCGUCGCUGUCGGGUGUGACGCUGAGCGGCGGCACCGUGUCGAUUGCGCGCUGCACUGCCGCCGGCGCGACGCUUGUCUCCGGGCCGGCGAUCACGAGCGGCGUCGUGUCGGUGCAGUGCAACCGUGCCGGCGGCCGGGUGCUGCAGAGCAGCGGCGACUACCGCAUGGCCGGCCUGUCCUCCGUGAGCGUGGUGCCGUGCGACGGCUGUGCGGCCGCGCUGGCGUGCUUCGAUGCGCUGACGGCUUCGUUCUCUGACUGCGCGUGCAGCUGCCGUGCCGGCGGUGUGGGCGAGGCGUGCCUGCCGUUCGACGUGCCGCUUGCGAGGGCCGGUGGUGAUUCGCAGGACUGCGUGAGUGGCGUGACGCUGACGGAGUCCGUGACGGUUGGCGGUGGGCGGGCGACGGCGUGCUUCGACUUGGUGGUGUUCAGCGGGCCAAUCACCGUGGGGGUGGACCUGCGCUCGAUGGACGCGUUCGCUGACGCUCUGAACGUGACGCUGCGCCACUGCGUGCUUGCGGGCGGCGCGCAGCUGCGGAUUGGUGGCCUCAGCGAGAGCACGGCGCUCUCGAUGCCUCACGCCCUCGUCAACAUGACAAAUGUGACGUCGCUGGAGGGCACGUUCGUGCUGCAUGGCGCGAUGCCGCCGAACUCGAGUGUGCUGCUGGCGAACUCAACGCUGCGUGCGACGGUUGGCGGGUCGCGGUACGUGCCGACGACCCAUGGCCGUGCGGGAUACCGGUACGGCUCCGCGCUUGUCCUGGACGGCGUCCGGCUUCUGUCGACGCGGUUUGUCAUGACGCGGUCUACGCUGGCGUGUGGCGGGGGUUCUUGCGCGGCUAUCCUCGUGGAGCGCAGCCUUGGCGCCGACCUGUCCAGCGCCUUCUACAUGGACAACUGCGUUGUCGUGUCGCGGACGCAAGUGAUGCACGGUCUUGCGUCGGACCUGCGUGUCAGCGGCGGCUCCGUGUUCUCCAUACAGAACAGCUCUUGGAGUGUGCCGAGCACCGAAUACUAUAACGGCGCGUGUGGGUUCAGGGAUGUUGCGGUGGCUGGCGGCAGCGUGCUGCAGAUCGUGUCCAACACUUUCCGCCUCAGCUUUGCCAUGCUCAUGGCAGCCACUUUGUCCGUGACCGGCGGCAGCUGGCUGGUGCACCGCGACAACGAGUUUCGCACCGCCUACGUCGUGCACGUGAAUAACUACUACGGCGUGGCUUUCCGCGAUCGGAGUGUGUGGUCGAUACUUGACAACAAACUCACGCACGGCUCGUACUCGUCGACUCAUGCACACAUGACAAACGAUUGGUCACAACCAUCCGACUCGCGCCCGAUCAUCUACGGCGUGUGCAACGAGGCAAGGGGCUCUCCUGUGACGGAUUACCAGUACGACCUGAAUAUUGGGACGCCUGUGACGGUGUUGGACUGUGGCGUGUGUACCAUGGACGCCGUGUGCUUUGCAGCGAGGACGAGCAGCAUCAGCGGCUGUGAGUGUGUGUGCGCUGCUGGCGGUCACGGCGACACUUGUCUACCAGCUGCGGUUCCGGACGGCCUUGGACCGCUCCCGCUCCCCGACGCGAAGGACACGGAGGUACGCUGCGUGCACGGUGGCAGCAUCAGCUCCGUGGACUAUCCUGAUCCCGGUGUGCGUGGUCUGUGCUUUGUCAACGUGACCUUCACCGCCGCGAUCGUGCUGGACCUCUCGCUUUUUGACGCACUGGAAAAGACACUCAACGUCACCCUGCUGCAGUGCGUCCUCGCGGGCCUGUCGGUCAAGGGGAGUGGUGGGCGUGUGCACGUGAACGUGACUUCUUCGAUGCUGGAUUCUGGUGAGUUGGAGUUUGAGGGUGAUUUUGGAGCGAGUUCCCAGAUACUGGUGGUGGGCAGUGCAAUUGUGACGACGUCGAGCCACGCCAUUCUAUUUUUGAAUUUUUACCCCAGUGAGAACUCGACGCUGCUGCUACUUGACAACCGCAUUGAAGGGAAUCGGUACGCAGUUUAUUUUACCAAUGAUGUUGUUGUUGAUGGUGGCGGGAUCAUUGUGAAGGGAAAUACGCUGGGUACAACGGAGAAGGAUGAGGGUAUGGAAGCAUCUGUUUAUGUUUGCGCUGUUGAUUUGAAGAACGGCGGCUACCUUGACGUUGAGAACAACACAAUGAGCGCGGCUAAUGGCUUUUUUCUUCUUGGGGAUGCUGGCGUGGGCUCUUCGGGGCUGCUGAGAGUGGCGGACUGCACCUUUGUUGGCAGAGCGGGAGUUUUGAAUUCCGCGCUGUUGUAUUUUUCUGGCUCUGUGACUUUCCAGGGUGGUGCGCAGUGGCGUGUGACGGGCAACAACGUAAGUGCAGCCUCAAUAAUAAGUAUAUCGCGUCACCAGCACAAAAUUCAGCUGUCGGACAGAGGCACCACCGCGGCGCUUGCAAACAACCGUCAGGUGGAGGGAAGCGCCUUCUUUGCUGGUCUGGCUCUGUCAAAGACGGUUGUGGCGUCACCCGCGCGGUUUGUGGUUGGGUGCAACCUUCAGGACGGUGAGGAGGCGUCGUACGCCGGUGUGUUUCCGAAGCUCGUGGUGGUGUUCAGGUGCGGCACGUGCAACGACGACGCGGCGUGCUACAUGCCCGGGACGGAGUCGGUGGACCGCGGCUCGUGCUCGUGCAGCUGCAAGGACGGAUGGCAUGGCGCGUCGUGUCUUCCCUUCGAGGUGCCCGACACGGUUGUGCCGCCCUUGCCGGAGAGAGCCGUCGACGGCGACACGAGCUGCGUAGUGAGCCAGACGCUGACGAGCCUCGCGCUGAACAUGUGGAAGACGCACCACUGCUACGUGGGUGUGAUAUUCAGCGGCGUGGGUGCUGUGCUGACGUUCUUUCUCGACGGUAUGCCGCUGCAUCUCCCCAUCAACAUUACGCUCACCGGGUGCACAUUCCGUGAGGGUGCCGCGCUGCAGUUUGUUGGGGGUGCUGAGGCGGCCGAGUCAGCCGGCGUCCUGAUCCGCGUGGGCCGGACGGUGAUGCGGUCCUCCGUCGUUGUUUUUAUGGGUGCCCUUCCGCAGCAUUGCGACAUUGCCGUCACGGAGGUUGAUGCGGUGCAGUCCUCCGCAGUUCAGACUUUGGAAAAUGGGAUUAACAAGCUGAGCGUGGUGAUGCUGCGGGAAGUCUUGUUGAGUGGUUCCUUUUUGUUGGUCAGCAACGUCAAGGCGAAUGCAUCGAGGUACGGUUUGUUUGGUUUUUACUCGAUCGGGACUCUGACGCUGGUGGGUGGCAGCUCGCUGUACACGCGGUACUGCAGCUUCGAUGGAUACACACACCUGUUCCACGUGGCCAUGCUCAGUGUCCGCAAUCACUCUGUUUUUGCGCUGCUCAACAAUACAAUGUCCUCCGGAACAAGCUUCCUGCUUCAGUACCAAGACUUCAGCGUGUUGGAUCACAGCGUGUUGCGCGUGGUGGGGAACAGCGGCUCUGUGUGCUACGCCAUCUUUGCAGACGACUCGUGGACCGUCCAGGAGUCAAGCUGGUUGGAUUGGCGUGACAACGACGUGGGUUUGGGUGCGAUGUUAUACGACACUGAGUUCGCCUUAGUGAGCAUCGACAGCAGCAGUGUUGUGACGCUGACGGGCUGCAAGAUGGGCUUGACGGGAUUGUCGGAGCCUCUGCUAUUGCGGACUGAAACCGGCUACCGGUUCGUUGCUGGGUGCCUGACGCUCGCGGGUCGGAAGGUGACGACGGCGGCUGAACUGGAGCUUAACGGCAUCACCAACGUGACGACGGUUGCCGCGUGCGGGGAGUGCACGAAGGACGGCGACUGCUUUGCACCGCUGACGACGGCGAUCAUUGACUGCAAGUGCCAGUGCGCUGCUGGAGGGCACGGCGAUGUGUGUGUCCCGGCGCCUGUGCCUGCUGGCCCGCCACCGCCACUGCCGCCGCCACCGCCGCCACCGCCGCCACCGCCACCGCCACCGCCAUCGCCGCCGGUUGGUGGGUGCAUCAGCGACAUGGUGUACCCCGAGGUUGCGCAGGCAGUGGGCGGCGGGCUGUCGUGGCUGUGCUACCGCAACGUGACGUUCAGCGGGGGUGGCAUGAGCCUGACGGUGCUGAUAGGGGCGAUGAUGGGCGAAGUGGCGAACGUCACGUUCGAUGGAUGCACUUGGAGGGACGGCGCCGUGCUGGUGCUCUUGGGCAACGCACACGCCGCUUUGGGGUCGCUGAACAUCAUCGUCACCGGCAACACGUUCCAUGACGCGCUGCUCAGCCCGGAGGGUGGGUUUCCACCGCACACGAACAUCACGGUCAGCGGGAACCGCUUUACGGUCACAAGGCUGAUCCCUCGGUCGGGUUUGGACGUAUGGAGCCCGUCGUGUGUCGCGAUGAAUGGACUGGCGAUCAGCAACGACUCCGCGGUGGUGUUCAGUGGCAAUGUGUUUCACGCCGUGGCGGCAUCGUCAAACGCCAUUCACGUUGUGGGAUCUGUGCUGAGGGUGUCGUGGCACUCCUUGUUUGCGGUGGUGGGUAACACAUUUCAUAUGGAUGGCGGCAACGGUACGCUGAUACAUCUUGAAGGGUCUAGACGGUUCUCAUCGCUGAGUGUAUUGAACGACUCUGCCGUGGUGAUCCGAGGCAACGUUGUGGUGGGAGGGUUAAAGUACUUCAUGCUACUUCUUAGGUCCUCAC